UUUCAAGUCAACAUCAAAUAUGGCAGCAAUGGAAAAACUAUUCGCCGAAUAUCAGCAAAGGAAGAGCAUUCUCGAAUCGAGCACCAAUUCGUUCGCCGGGGGCAUUGCAUGGAUUGAAGGAGAACUCACCCCAUUGUCCGAGGCCCGGAUACCACUUCUGGACCAGGGCUUUUUGCACAGCGACCUCACUUAUGAUGUUCCCUCUGUCUGGGACGGCCGCUUCUUCCGGCUGGAUGAUCACAUCACCCGCCUGGAGGCCAGCUGCGCAAAGCUUCGGCUGAGACUGCCUCUGCCUCGAGACGAGGUCAGAAAGACCCUUGUCGACAUGGUGGCCAAGAGCGGUAUCAGGGACGCGUUCGUGGAGCUCAUUGUGACCCGCGGCGUCAAGGGCGUGAGAGGUGCAAAGCUGGAAGACCUCAAGAACAACUUGUACAUGUUUAUCAUGCCCUUCAUCUGGGUUAUGGAGCCCGAGGUACAACGCAGCGGCGGAAGUGCAAUCAUUGCCCGGACCGUGCGACGCGUGCCUCCCGGAGCUAUCGAUCCGACAGUCAAGAACCUGCAAUGGGGUGACUUGACGCGGGGCAUGUUCGAGGCCGCAGAUCGAGGCGCCACACACCCUUUCCUAACGGACGGCGACGGCAAUCUCACGGAAGGAUCCGGGUUCAACAUCUGUCUUAUCCAGGACGGCACACUCUACACGCCAGACCGUGGUGUUCUGGAAGGCGUAACUCGCAAGAGCGUGUUCGAUGCUUGCGAAUCCCUCGACAUCCCCGUUCGGAUGGAGGUUGUUCCGGUUGAGAGAGCUUAUCAGUGCGACGAGAUAUUUAUGUGCACCACAGCUGGAGGCAUAAUGCCAAUUACGAGCCUUGACGGGCAGCUGGUGAGAGAUGGCAAGGUCGGUCCCAUCACCAAGAAAAUUUGGGACGCAUACUGGGUCAUGCACUAUGACCCUGCGUACACGUUAGAGAUAGAGUAUAAUGAUGCGUCGUGAAGGUCGAUAGUUUUAUGGGUCUAGAUGCGCUGGAAUCGCACAACCACCGGAAGACCGAUGGACAGACAUAUUGAAUAUGUGAUACGAGAAUAAAUAGCUGACCAGUAAUAUGGCACGAAUGAAUACGAUAUGGGUUUCGUGGGUCA